AUGACCAGAACUCGCGGAGAAAAUUUAUCUGAGCAGUUUUCUAUAAAUAUAAGAACGAUGUCUGCAAACAAAGUAGCUGUGGGUAUUGACCUGGGCACCACAUACUCCUGUGUGGGGGUCUUUCAACAUGGAAAAGUGGAAAUCAUCGCCAAUGACCAGGGCAACAGGACCACCCCCAGUUACGUGGCCUUCACGGACACAGAGCGCCUCAUUGGAGAUGCGGCCAAGAACCAGGUGGCUCUGAACCCCAACAACACAGUGUUUGAUGCCAAGAGGCUGAUCGGACGCAGGUUUGACGACCCCACAGUGCAGGCCGACAUGGAGCACUGGCCCUUCAAUGUGGUGAGUGACGGAGGAAAACCAAAGAUCAGAGUGGAGUACAAAGGUGAAGACAAGACCUUCAGCCCAGAGGAGAUCUCCUCCAUGGUUCUGGUGAAGAUGAAGGAAGUGGCAGAGGCCUACCUGGGCCACACAGUGUCCAACGCAGUCAUCACAGUCCCGGCCUAUUUCAAUGACUCCCAGAGACAAGCCACUAAAGACGCAGGAGUGAUCGCUGGCCUCAACGUCCUGAGAAUCAUCAACGAGCCCACGGCCGCUGCUAUUGCAUAUGGUUUGGACAAAGGCCGUUCCGGAGAACGCAACAUCCUCAUCUUUGACCUGGGGGGAGGCACCUUCGACGUGUCGAUCCUAACCAUCGAAGACGGCAUCUUUGAGGUGAAGGCCACAGCUGGAGACACCCACCUGGGAGGAGAGGACUUUGACAACCGUAUGGUCAAUCACUUUGUAGAAGAGUUCAAGCGGAAACACAAGAAGGACAUUAGCCAGAACAAGAGAGCCCUGAGGAGGCUGUGCACAGCAUGUGAGAGGGCCAAGAGGACCCUGUCCUCCAGCUCCCAGGCCAGCAUCGAGAUCGACUCUCUGUUUGAGGGACAAGACUUCUACACCUCCAUCACCAGAGCACGUUUUGAGGAGCUGUGCUCAGACCUGUUCAGAGGAACACUGGAGCCUGUGGAGAAGGCCCUGAGAGACGCCAAGAUGGACAAAGGACAGAUUCAUGAGGUGGUCCUGGUCGGCGGCUCCACCAGGAUCCCUAAAGUCCAGAAACUCCUGCAGGACUUCUUCAACGGCCGCGAGCUGAACAAGAGCAUCAACCCUGAUGAGGCGGUGGCAUAUGGGGCUGCUGUCCAGGCGGCCAUUCUCUCUGGGGACACCUCCGGGAAGGUCCAGGACCUGCUGCUACUGGACGUGGCUCCUCUGUCCCUGGGCCUCGAGACGGCCGGAGGGGUCAUGACGGCACUGAUCAAACGCAACACCACCAUCCCCACCAAGCAGACGCAGACCUUCAGCACCUACUCCGACAACCAGCCCGGGGUCCUCAUCCAGGUCUACGAAGGAGAGCGCGCCAUGACCAAGGACAACAACCUGUUGGGCCGCUUUGAGCUGGCAGGGAUCCCCCCUGCCCCCAGAGGGGUCCCUCAAAUCGAGGUCACCUUCGACGUUGACGCCAAUGGCAUCCUGAACGUGUCGGCAGUGGACAAAAGCACCGGCAAAGAGAACAAGAUCACCAUCACCAACGACAAAGGCCGGCUGAGCAAAGAGGAGAUCGAGAAGAUGGUGCAGGACGCUGACAAGUUCAAAGCUGAGGAUGAAGCCCAGAGGAACAGGGUCGGUGCCAAGAACGCUCUGGAGGCCUUUGUGUUCACUGUGAAGAACAGUCUGCAGGACGAGGCCGUGAGCGGCAAACUGAACCAGGACGACAGAAAGAAGCUUCUGGACAAGUGUGAGGAGGUCAUGACCUGGCUGGACAACAACCAGCUGGCUGAGGUGGAGGAGUACCAGCACAAGCAGAAAGAGCUGGAGAAAGUGUGCAACCCCAUCAUCAGUAAACUGUACCAGGGAGCAGCUCCUGCAAGCAGCUGCAGACAGGAGGCCCAGGGCAGCACACAGGGCCCCACCGUGGAGGAGGUGGACUAA